CGUCGGCGGAGGGACGGGAGGAGAGCAGAAGGAGGAGGAGGGAUGGGGAUGAGCUAAGGCAAGGAGGACGGCCUGACUUGGGCCUGCCACCCCCUAGCAUAGGUACCUACGGUUACUGCCUGUAGUGCGUUUAGCACAUAGGGGGUACCUUAGGUUACUCAUACAGGCACAUGUGUAUUGUGUAGGUAUAAUCCUGACGAUGUAUAUAUGUAUGUCUAUGCAUGCAUACGCACACGAUACAAGACAUGCAAUGUGUUCAUAUGUAUGUACAUGCAAUCCCGUCCACACCUACAAAUCAAUACCGACACCAACACCGCCUCCUUCAUACCUACAUUCAUACAUACAUUACAUACCGUUCGGCCUCUCGCAGCCGGCGGAAUUCUUCAUUGCGACGGCGAACCCGGUCGCCUAUUGCGCAGCCCUCGCCCCGCGGCGUCGACCUCGCCGGCAUCGCUCUUCGUUGCGCGAUCUCGGCGCGCGACGCGCACGCAAACCCGGCCAGAGAACUUGGGGGUGCCUACGCUGGCGAUCGGUCCCGGGAUGCCCAGAUUAAAAUUUCCGUUUUUCGCUCGAGACUGCCGCCGCGCGUUGGGGUAGGCGAAGGGCAGAAGGAGGAGCGAGGAGAGGAUAGUAGGCUCCUUUUUUUUUCGUUUGCUGAGAGUACUUGUUUCUAUUUUGCUUCCGUUGCGACGUUGGCUCGACGGAUCUACCUAGCGUCUAGUGCGUGCCGGCGGCGGUGGUUGGCUCCGGCUGGGGAGACAAGAGUCGGCUCGUUCUCUGGUCUUCCUCCUCGCCCUCCUCCGCCUCCUCUCGUUUCAGACGACGCCACUCGAGCUCUCCGUGCGGCAUAGCGUGAAGGGGGGAGGAAGAGGGGCAAGGGAGAGCGGGAGAGGAGAAGAACGCGUGUGUACAGUAAGUCGUGUGCGUAAGUAUCGAUGUAUGCGUGGGCAGAUGCCUUUCCUUUCUUUUUUGGGUUUCUUCUUCCUUUCUGUGUACCAAAGCACUAUGGCAAUGUUUGAGGCUUGACGAAUGGAGAAUGCCGAGGCGUUGAUCAGGCACGACGACAAGUGAUGAUGCUCCCUGGGCCGAUAUGCUGGCGGUUCGCCCCCGACGCUACCGCUGUGCGCU